AUGGCAGAACCAACCCAUCUCGAUAGCGCCAACCGCGUCGUAUUCGAAACCGAGAAGGAUGAGCUCAAAUUACCGCCUUCGAGUAUCCUUAUCAAAGAGCUCGAUUCGGAGAGCACUAUCAGCCAUACCGAUUCUCCAGGCAGUACAGAACAGGUCGUGAAGGGCGCCGAAGGAAUCGCUCAUCUGGCACGUAGCUCUAUCAUAUCUGCUGACGACCAACCUCAUCUUCCCGCUCUUACCUUUCGGUUUUGGGUACUUGGCAUCGGGCUGUCUACAUUCGGUUCUGUACUCUCCGAAAUAUACUUCUGGAAGCCGCAAAACGCAACCGUUACUGCUCUCUUUCAGCUCAUCAUUGCAUACGUCCUCGGAAACGCAAUGCACUACGUCCUCCCUUCUAAGGGGCUCUGGCGCUCCAUCAACCCAGGUCCAUUCAAUAUCAAGGAGCACACCUGCAUCACCAUCAUGGCUUCUACUGCCUCCACCACCGCAACCGCUAUCGGAAUCAUAGCGACCCUAGAUCUCUUCUACAACACAACGCUCAAUCCGGCCGCCGCAAUAUUUCAAACUCUGGCUUCGCAGCUGAUAGGAUAUGGGUUUGCUGGAAUAUUACGCACUCUCCUGGUAUGGCCGACUUAUGCACUUUAUCCGAACAACAUCCCCUCUAUCUCUCUCCUCCAAUCCAUGCACUUCGGUGGGCUGCUGAACAAGAAGAAAAUGAAAUACUUUUGGAUAGUUUUUGCUGCUAUAUUCUUUUGGGAAAUAAUACCAACUUGGAUGUUUCCGCUGCUUACUGCCUUCUCCGUCAUCUGUCUUGCUGAUACCAGCCAGAGCCCCUUAGUCCGCAACCUCUUCGGCGCAGGUUCCUCCAACGAAGGUCUUGGCCUUUUCUCCUUCGCAUUCGACUGGACACUUAUCACACAAGCAUACCCGCUGUACUGGCCCCUCCAAACACAAGUGUCGUCCUGGAUUGGCUUGGUAUUGAGUUACGCGCUCAUGAUGGGUUGUUACUACUCCAACGUCUUUGAAGGGAAAUCGAGAGGCCUUCCUUUUAUGUCAACGGCUCUAUUCAGCGGGAAUGGAUCUUCAUACGACCAAAGUGCCAUCCUCGACUCGAACAACCAGCUUGACCCCGAGAAAUACGCACAGAUCGGUCCCCCGUAUAUGACUACUACAUAUGCCGUAUCUCUUUUAGCAAGCUACGCCUCCAUGGGGGCCGCAUUCUCCCACAUUCUGUUGUGGCACUGGAAAGAGCUCUGGACGGCUUUCAGAGGGUUCAAUUUCCUCAAAUCUGGGCAGGAUUUCGACGACAUUCACUUCCAGAAGAUGAAAGUAUACAAAGAAGUGCCCCAGUGGUGGUAUGGUACUGUAUUCUUCCUCUCUCUUGCGCUCGCGAUCGGGAUGGCGUACGUCGGGUUGAACACACUUCCUUGGUGGUCUGUAAUUGUGUUCACAAUAAUCGCUUUCAUUCUUGCCGUCGUUCUAGGCUUCAUCUACGCUGUGACAGGAUUUCAAAUACCCACUUCUGGGCUCGUGCAAGUUAUCGCUGCCUACGUCCAUCCUGAACAACCAGUUCAGAACAUGUAUGCAAAAAUGUACGGCUAUAGUACAGGCUAUCAAACACUCUACAUGCUCUCUGACCUAAAACUCGGCCAGUAUGCUAAAGUUCCUCCAAGAGCGACAUUCAUAUCCCAAGUCAGCGGUACCAUACUCGGUGCCGUCUUCAACUAUAUCCUCUAUAAAUCAAUCGUCGGCGCCCACCGUGCUGACCUUAUUAAUCCGAUCGGCACACGCAUAUGGUCUGGAUGGAACUCACAAGAGAUCAAUUCGGCGGCGAUUACUUGGGGUGCAUUAUCAAAGGAACUCUAUAGUCCAGGGAAGCUAUAUUUCCAGAUCCCACUUGGUCUUCUAUACGGUUUCCUAGCGCCUUUCCCGCUAUACAUCCUCCACAAGAUAUUUCCAAACCAGAAAAUAUGGUGGUAUCUUAACAUGCCCGUCAUCCUCACGUACAUGGGCUGGCUUCCUUAUUCAGUAAACGGAAUGUGGUGGCCUGGGUUUAUCAUAGGGUUGUCGACGCAGUGGUGGGUGAGAACGCGGAGACCGAGGUGGUAUAAUAAGUAUAACUUCCUCACAUCCGCAGCACUAGAUGGCGGUUCGUCGAUUGUGUACUUUGUCCUCAACUUUGCAGUAUUUGGUGCGAGCGGACAGGGUGUUAACUUUCCAUUUUGGUGGGGGAACCCAAAUCCUGCCGUGAUGAGCGUUGAGUCCAUGCUCGAGUUGGCUCCACACAAAUUACUGUUGUAUGAUAAGAUAGGUGUAGUAGGGCUGUCUGAGUCGCGGAAAAGACUCGGAUUAAGGGAUAUUGAAGUCACUGCCACGAGCGUGAGAGUCUAUUAG